AUGACGUGACGUCAGGAAACAAGAUGGCCGCGCCCUCGGAUGGCGAGGAAGUGGAACGUUAUUUCGUUAGAGUUAUAGAAAAAAAUGAUGGCUCGUGUUUACAUAUGAAGCAGUGCAGUGAAGGGGAUGUAGGCUGUGUGGUGUGGGAUGCUGCCAUCGUUCUCGCGAAAUAUUUAGAAACGAAAGCUUUCUGGGAUCCUGAAGCCGGAACAAACCUAUGGUCCGGCAAAACUAUCUUAGAGCUUGGAGCCGGGACUGGAGUGGUUGGCCUCAUGGCUGCAACCUUGGGGGCGAACGUUACUGUGACAGACCUGGAAGAAUUACAACAUCUACUCCACGUUAACAUCCGGGACAACCAAUGUUUGGUCAGGGACGGCUCGAUUGUACCCAAGGUACUAAAAUGGGGAGAAGAUGUAACUGAGCUUUUACCACGCCCUGACUUCAUUCUGAUGGCAGAUUGCAUUUAUUACGAACAGUCUGUGGAGCCACUGGUUAAGACUCUGAGGGAUUUGGUUGGACCCGAUACUUGUGUCAUUUGUUGUUAUGAGCAACGUACCAUGGGACACAACGCAGAGGUGGAGAAGAAAUUCUUCCAGCUGCUUCUGGAAGACUUCCAAUCCAAGGAGAUCCCACUGGAGCAGCAGGACCCAGAGUUCAGCAGCCCUGAUAUUCACAUCCUCCACAUCCGUCUGAGGGUCUGACAGUUUACAAGCUCACAUUCGCCAUUCCCUGCCCGGGAAGCAAACAUAGCCAGCAGAAGUGGUGCUGCAGCUGAGCCAGGCAAACUGUAAACUGAAAUGUUACACAAAAUGUUAUUUUGUGUGAGACAUGAAUCAUUCUGAACUUUUUAGUCUUCAGCAUUUUCUGAAUGAUACACAUUUUUAUAACUUUAUGAAAACCAUCCAAUAUUAAUCUAUAAGGCUGCUGCUAUUAGGGCUCUGAUAUGAGUUUGUUGGGUAUGAAAUUGAGUGUGAUUUUCAUACCCACUUUUGUAAAACUAUGACAUUGCAGCACUUUAUACAUUAAAGGUGAAUUGUCAAAAUA